CCUGAAUUUACUAAAACCCUUACCCGUAAACCCGAGGUUUUAGUCUGCGUUUGUUGUCCACAUUUCGGCCUGUGUUUCAUCGUUCUUCUCCGGCGAGUUUGGCUGCCGGCCCCCACUUUCUCCAGCCUCCACUGCGUGAAAUCUCCCAAAAUAUCGAUUUUCUUAGCCCUCGAAGAAGAGUGAAGAAUGGUGAGCAAGAGGCAGAAAUUGGCCCGCAAGCGGUUUAAAGAAGAAAACCCUGACCUAUUCCCCAAGCCGGAGCCAACGCCGCCCAAGGACCCAAACAAGAAGAAGAAGAAGAAGAAAGACUCUAAAUUCAAGAAGAAAAAAUCCGAACCCAGAGACCCAAAUAAUCCGAAUAGUAGAAGAAAAAAGCACCCACUUAGAGUCCCGGGAAUGAAACCCGGGGAGAGCUGCUAUAUAUGUAAAGCCCCAGACCACAUUGCCAAGAAUUGCCCAGAGAAAGCUCAGUGGGAAAAGAAUAAGAUAUGUUUAUUUUGUCGACAAAGAGGCCACAGUCUCAAGAACUGCUCGAAGAAAAGUGAUGAUUCUGCCGAGAAGAAAUUCUGUUAUAACUGUGGAGAUACGGGGCAUUCUCUUGCCAGGUGUCCACAGCCUCUUCAAGAUGGAGGAACGAAAUUUGCGAGGUGCUUUAUUUGCAAUGAACAGGGCCACCUGAGUAAAAAUUGUCCUAAAAACACUCAUGGUAUAUAUCCCAAGGGUGGCUCCUGUAAAAUAUGUGGUGGUGUGACACAUCUGGCGAAAGAUUGUCCUAAUAAAAGUGGAAAAGAUUCUAAUGCAUUCGGAGGACCAAGAAAAGCAUUUAAAAUUGAUGAAAUACCUAGAAACCAAGUCAAGAAGUUUGUCAGUGGUGAUGAUCUUGAAGACGACUUCAUGACAGUGAAGGCAUCAACAGAUGAGAACGACAAGAUUUCAGAUUCAAACACCAAAAAUGUAAAAUCAAAGACGAAAAAAGGUACAAAGGUGGUGAAUUUCGUGGGUUAAUCGUCAGCAAACAACAGAAGAAUGUAAUUGUUAUAACUUCACGAGGCCGGUUUUGAUGUAUUUGUGUACGAAGAAAUUUUGCAGCAAUUGAUGUAUACAAAAUUAUCUUUCUUUAUAGAAAGUUGAGAUGGAUAAUGGCAAGGAAAUACCACUGUUCUUUCUUACUAUUUGGUGCCCUUAUUUUCGUGUAGAAAAAAGGGAAGUUGGAUUUGUGAUGAGUAUUUUGACGAGGAUAAAUAUCUCCGGUACGAGCUUAAUUGAAUCUGACAUCUUUUGUUGGUCAAAAGAAAUAAAAAUCUAGAACUGGAUAUUGGUUAGUUGAUGAGUUUGAUAAGAAAAAAUAGAAAAUGAACAUGAUAGGAAUGCGUCUGCCGUGCGAUCAUGAUUUGAAUAUGGUACAAAUAAAAUUGACUUUAGGGAUAAUUUUUGGGUGUAAAUGGUGAGUUGUCAAGGAGUAGGAAGAAGAGGGAAGCUGACGGUCAUGCAGGCAUGGCAAAAUGUAUGUAUCCUCCUCCUUCGAGCGAUGACUUGGUUGGGGAAGAAAAAAAUAAUAAAAACCCAAAAAAGAGUGAGUUGUGGACAUGAUGAC